AUGUCAACCACCGAAAGCCCUUCUUCACGUUCGAUCGUCGUUCCUGGCCAGGCAUUCGCACAAACAACAGACAACCAAAAGUCAAUCUCAGCUACCUAUCAGCCUGGUCCUGGAGUCUUCUCGCGCGAUGGAAAGUUAUAUGCAUCUACAGCGGGCUAUGCAAAACGCGAAGGGGGCGUAAUACACUCUCCUCAGACAGUCUCGGUCGUUCGUCCUACUCGCCUUGCAAGAGUUCCAGUUGUUGGAACAAUAGUAACUGGUUUAGUAACUAAAUUGAAUAAGCUACAGGCUUCAUUGGCCAUCAUUACCGUAGAAGAUGUACCUUUACCGGUCGGGCAAGAUUUUCCUGGUGUGAUUAGGGCUCAAGAUGUAAGACAAGUAGAUAAAGAUAAGGUCAAGAUUUGGACCUGCUUUCGGCCGGGUGAUAUAGUAAGGGCCGAGGUGAUUUCAUUUCCAACUGGAUCCACUGGAUAUCUACUUGCAACCUUUCGUAAUGAGCUAGGCGUUGUUUUUGCGCAGAACACCCGAACUGGGAAUCUGAUGAAGGCUCUGAGCUGGGAAGAGAUGAUUGACGAAGAGACAGGUGAAAGAGAACCGCGAAAGGUAGCUGGACCCGCAUAG